UUUUACACAAGCGGUGUAAGUAAAUACAGUUUUGGAUCACUUCUGGUUUCUUUAUGAUGAAACAGAGCGCUAUUUUUAGCUUUGGAUUAAAAUAAAUGAGGUAGUUUAUCGUUAUUGAGUAACCAAGGAAGAUACAGAACUAAAUAUGAAGGCGAUAGCACCUUACAAUUCAGCAAAUUUGACAUGAGUAAAUUACUAAAAAUUCGAAAAAAAUUCAAAUGAACACAUUUGAUUUUGAUUUAUGUUUUUGUUGAUGUUUAUGUGCACAUUUGUCACAAGGAGAACUCGUGUGCUAAAUAUAGAGAUUUAACGUGUAAAACUAGAAAUCUACUGACACACAUACAUGUAUAUAUCGGAAAAUAUCAAUAGACAGUCAAUCACACACUUAUCAUCGAUUUGACAAUUGCCCCAUGGUAUAUAUUGGAAUGGUUUGAUAGAUCUAACGCAAAAUUGUUUUUAUAUGUCUCUGGAUAACGACAGAACGAUUUGUGAGGCAAUAAAAUGUUCACCAUUCGAAACUAUAGCAACAGAAACUUAUAGAUCUAGUGUUCAAAGGAUAAGAAUGAUGUUGCCAUAGUUAGUUAUUAUCAUUGUGCAGCAAGGAAGGUCAUGCUUUCAAGAAAGAAAGAACCAGCUGGCCUCCAUGAAGGUAUAGCUGGCAAAUAUGUUAAAAGAGACAAUCCACCAAUACUGAGGAAUUAUCAUAGUCCUGUUAGACAUGGCACAACAUUCGAGAGACGCACCAACAAAUCUCCUACUGGAUACGCACCACAGCAAGUGCAUCAACAAGGAGCAAAUGUUAACAAUUAUAGUGUUUAUGUAAACAAACCUCCUCCAAAAGCAAGUUCAACAAGUGGCUUAGUGGUCCAACCUGUCACAAGUGAAGCCACGAGGCAACAACAGCAAACAGGCACACACGGACCUGCUGGCCAGUUAAACAAUGUUAUACCAGCCAGGCCUCACAGUGCCAUCAGCCCUGGGUUUCAUUCGCAGCCACAUCUUCAAACCACCCAAAUUACACAAGCGUUCCAAGGGUUGAACAUCAGUGGCAAUCAACAUGUGGUUAAUUCUAGUCAGAAUCCUGUUAUAGAGAAUGGAGCUCAGACUCAAAGAUACAAUGUGCCAACAUCUUUAUAUAGUAACCAUGGAAACCAGUUUAAACGGCCACCAGGAGACCAGCAUCAAUCACCACAGCAACAGCUUCAGCAUAAUCAGUUCCAGCAAGAUGAUUCCAGUGAGGAGGAAAGACGAGUCUAUCUUCUAGGCCUCCAGCAACAGCAGCAUGUCGAUCACACAGGGGACAACAAUGUAGACUAUGAUAAUUACCAAGUGCAACAGUAUCAUCAAGAGAUAAGGAACCAUUAUGCCCAGCAGUCUCAGCUUCAGAUUCCUGCACCUGUAGCCAACACACCUGGUGUCAGGCCAGUACAGGGUGCCGGAAGGCAGGUGGUUCCAUCACAGGGUCAAGGAACCGAACAGGAGCUACCCCCUGGCUGGUCCAUAGACUGGACUAUAAGGGGAAGGAAGUACUACAUUGACCACAAUACCCAAACCACACACUGGAGCCACCCUCUGGAAAAAGAAAGCCUACCAAUGGGGUGGGAAAAAAUUGAGUCCAAAGAGGGGACAUAUUUUUAUAAUCAUUAUAGCAAGACAUUUCAAAUGGUGCACCCGUGUCUGAUACCAGUGUUCCAUCCGGGUAUUAUGAUGCAGCAGUCACUCCCAAUCACACAUCUUCCUCACCCUAUGAGCAUCGAACCCCAAAGACAGAGCCUAGUGCCACCUAACCCUAUGCUAAAUGCAGAUAUUCCAGAGUGGUUGUCUAUAUACUUCAAAGCACCAGCUGAACAUGACCAUAAACUGCAGUGGUCAUUAUUCAAACUGCCUGAGCUAGAAUGCUAUGAUGCCAUGCUCACCAUACUCUACAAACAAAGUGUCCAGGACAUUGUCAUGCACUAUGAGAACUAUAGGCAGGUGUUAAACUUUGAACGAGAAAGGAGACUCAAGGAAAAACAGGCUGAUAGCUAUAAAAUUGAGCAACAGAAACUACAAGGUGUCCAACCUUCAGGACAAGUACAGGUUAAACCAUCUAAUGUGUGA